AUGUCUGCUUCCGUUCCUCCUCCGGCCGCCGAUCAGGAUUACAAGGCGUCACUGCUCCCACUACUGAUCUCCAACAACGUCCUUUCUUUCGGCACAUAUACCCUCAAGUCCGGUCGUGAAUCUCCCUACUUCUUCACUUCGUCUCUGCUUCACACUGCACCUCUCCUCCGGGCCACAUCUGCCGCCUACGCCAGCGUUCUAUCCGCCGAGCCUUUUGUAAAGACUGCCGCCGAUGGCACACUCAGCCCCAACUUUGAUAUCAUUUUCGGUCCUGCUUACAAGGGCAUCCCCAUCGCCGCGGCCGUGACCAACGAACUAGCCGUGCGUGACUCUAUCGGCGGAACCCACACCUGGGACAAUGUCAGCUAUUCAUUCAACCGCAAGGAGGCCAAGGAUCAUGGCGAGGGUGGAAAUAUCGUCGGUGCCCCAUUGAAGGGUAAGCGGGUUGUCAUCGUCGACGACGUGAUCACGGCGGGAACGGCUUUGCGCGAGGCUGUAGGCAUCAUCCAGAAAGAAGGCGGUAUUGUCGCUGGUGUCGUUGUCUUGCUCGAUCGUGAGGAGAGGGUCAGCGAUGCGGAGCCCAAGAGCGCUGUCGGUGUUGCGCAGAGGGAUCUUGGGGAGAGCAUCCCCAUUCGGGCUGUCAUUGGUCUCCAUGAUUUGAUUGAGAAGCUGGGUGAUAAGAUCGGCGAGAGCGAAAUCCAGCGGUUGAAGGACUACAGGGCUCGCUAUGGUGCUGAAUAA